AUGACCCCGCCCGGCCUUCAGCAGCCCUCUGUCUCGGUCCCCUCCCCUGGCUCCGCCUCCUCCUCCACCACCUCCAUGACUGGCUCUGGCCAACUGCCACAGUCUUCGCCCCUCCGGCAAAACCAAUCGCCGGCCCGCAGCCUACCCUCGCCCGUCACCCCGCCCAUGCCACUGCAGCUUCCUGCCGUCUGCCUGGCCUCCCCCCUGCAGUCCUCAGCUUUCCUCUUCUCCAUCCCUUGCACCCCGACAUCACAGGACCGCGGGGCAUCAGACCCACAAUGGGCUCCCAGACACAAGCUGCUGUCUAAGUGCUCCACUCCACCGAGGAGGCCAGUCCCCCUGCGGGGCACGAUUCUCCUGCCUAGAUUGCACGGGUUACUGCACCAGGUAACCCUCAUGGACAAUGGGUUACUGCACCAGGUAACCCUCAUGGACAAUGGGUUACUGCACCAGGUGACCCACAUGGUCAACGGGUUACUGCACCAGGUGACCAACAUGGUCAACGGGUUACUGCACCAGGUGACCCUCAUGGACAACGGGUUACUGCACCAGGUGACCCUCAUGGACAACGGGUUACUGCACCAGGUAACCCUCAUGGUCAACGGGUUACUGCACCAGGUAACCAUCAUGGACAAUGGGUUACUGCACCAGGUAACCCUCAUGGACAAUGGGUUACUGCACCAGGUGACCCUCAUGGUCAACGGGUUACUGCACCAGGUAACCCACACGGUCAAUGGGUUACUGCACCAGGUGACCCUCAUGGACAACGGGUUACUGCACCAGGUAACCCUCAUGGUCAACGGGUUACUACACCAGGUAACCCUCAUGGUCAACGGGUUACUACACCAGGUAACCCUCAUGGUCAACGGGUUACUACACCAGGUGACCCACAUGGUCAACGGGUUACUGCACCAGUUGAACCCUCUGGCCAGCCAGGCAGCGGUGGCGGCGGCAGCUGCAGCAGCUAUGGGCUCCAUCGCCGGGUCCCAGGUCUUUGGCAACGCCCUCUCCAACCUGCAAGCUGGAGUCACGGGUCAGCUGGUCACCAAUGCACAAGGACAGAUAAUUGGAACGAUCCCACUGAUGCCCAACUCUGGGGGGCCCUCGAGCCAAUCAGGGGGCGGAAACCCUGCGCUGCAGGUCCAGCCAAUUACACCUCAGCUUCUGACCAACACCCAGGGCCAGAUCAUCGCCACGGUGAUCGGCAAUCAGAUCCUGCCUGUCAUCAACACCCAGGGAAUCACACUGUCACCAAUCAAGCCUGGACAGCAGCUGCCUCAGGCUCAGCAGGUUCAGACAGGCCCAGUGUCAUCUCAGCCCAACCUGCUCCACAUGCCCCACAGCCAGAGUCCUCUCCGCCAGGUCUCUUCCUCCUCAUCAUCGUCCUCUUCCUCCUCCGCUCUCAGUGUGGGUCAGCUGGUCAGCAACCCCCAGAUGGCUCCCAGCGAGGUGGAUGGGGUCAACCUGGAGGAGAUUCGGGAGUUUGCCAAAGCAUUCAAGAUCCGUCGCUUGUCCCUUGGCCUGACCCAGACUCAGGUGGGACAGGCGCUCAGCGCGGCCGAGGGCCCAGCCUAUAGUCAGUCUGCCAUCUGCAGACACACCAUCCUGAGAAGCCACUUUUUCCUACCACAGGAAGCCCAAGAGAACACUAUAGGUAGCAGUCUGACAGGCAAACUGAACCCUGGCCUUUUAUAUCCUGCCAGGUUUGAGAAGUUGGACAUCACCCCAAAAAGCGCCCAGAAGAUUAAGCCCGUUCUGGAGCGCUGGAUGGCCGAGGCCGAGGCCCGCCACCGGUCCGGCAUGCAGAACCUGACCGAGUUUAUUGGCAGCGAGCCCUCCAAAAAACGCAAGCGGAGGACCUCGUUCACCCCGCAAGCACUGGAGAUCCUAAACAGCCACUUCGAGAAGAACACGCACCCCUCUGGACAGGAAAUGACCGAGAUAGCAGAGAAACUGAACUAUGACCGCGAGGUGGUCCGCGUCUGGUUCUGCAACAAGAGGCAAGCGUUGAAAAACACAAUAAAGCGGUUGAAACAGCCCGGUGACCUGGACCUGGACCUCGGCCCGACCGCGCCCAUGGACCCUCUCUGUGAUUCUCUGGAUGAGAUCCCAAAAUGAAUGACCAAAACUAGAGAUAAAGAGAAAAGUCCAAACAACAUGGUGGAUCAUGACCCAAAGUGGGAAGAAGAAUGAAAGAACAUUCCAGCCCUUUUAUAGAGUCAACUGAAAAGGACAGUUAGGAAAGUUUGCAAACGAGAAUACGUGUUAUCAGUGUGAUUACCACAGUUAUUGACCUUUGCCGAAAUCCCCAAAUAAAAAUAAAUAUGUUAGUAUUUGAUAGAAAAAGAUUACAAACCUAGAGUGUGCUGUUUCAAAGAGUUCUAGUUCUGGCCUCAUAGACCAGAAUAUUGUCCAAAUUUGGGUUCCCAUUAGGGAGAUUUUAGUAAAGCAAUCAUGCCAAAAUCAAAGACAAAAACACUAACUACUUACCAAAGUCUGUUGCAUCGGAAUACUAAGAAUAAUUUUUUAAGUGUAAAAGUGUUCUAAAUUUUUACAUUUGUACUGGCAAGAACAUCUAAGAUAUGUGUGUGAGUUUGGCUGUACAUUUUAUCUUUGUCUCACUUAAUUUCAUUAUCUCCCGUGUUUAUAUGUAAAUAGCUACUAAAUUGAAACCACAAUGUCAAAUUUGUCAUGUAAAUGCGUUUAUUUGCUGUUCAACAAUGGCAUAUUGUUUGUCUCAGACUCUUUCUCAUCUGCAACUAUUUUCAGUCACAGUGUAACUUUGUACAACUUUUACAAGUAUUUAUCGAUGAUUUUAUGAGAUUGUCUAUGUUUUGGAGGAAGGGUAAUAAACUGAAGGCUGUCUAAACAAUGAGGGGAUACUCUGUACCUAACCAUAUAGGUUCUGUCUCUGUGCACCGACUCUAUUGUGGAUAUGUCUGAAACUACUGUAUCUCAUUCUGUUGCCAAAGCCUGAUAGCCAAAGAACACAUUACUUCAGCUCAAGAACAUGGGGGUAUUUUACCUUGGCCAAUAACAUGUUUUAGUUAUUGUUAUGUACCUAAGUUCCCUUUCUCUGGUUCUUUUUACUGUACAGUUUCUUUCAUACACUGAGCUCAACUAAGUUACACAAAGGCCAACAGAAUGCCAAAUAACAUUUUGAUUCCCAAAAAUGACUCUUUGUUAGUUCACAAACCUUUGAUAUUGCAAUAUAGAACAUGUGUUUUACUGUGAGGACUUUUCUGCCCAUCCCUUUCUGAAAUGUGUGUCUAGUUUUCUCUAUUUGAAGAAUUGCUCCUGCAUGUUUGAGAUGAACCACUUAUAACAAAGUUGGACUUACAGAAAUCUGGAAACAAGACAACAUAAAACACAAAAGGCAGCCCAAGUUCCAAAUCCCUAAAUUACAUGUAUAUUUUUCAGAGUACAUUGUCACUGAGAACAAAUUACACGUUAGUGGUUUUAGCAAAUCUUUUUUACAUGAUUUGACCUUUAGAGCUAAAUGUGCAUUACUUCCCUUUAGCAUUCAGUAACCCAUUAUAAUCUUAUCAAUCUGAACGUUUUCUAAUCGAUGAAUCUUUGUCUUCAGGGGUCAAAUAUGUUUUUGUGAAAAUGUCCUGCUGCGGUUUUGUUUCUUUUCUUUGAGUGAUUCUAUAGUGAAGCCUUGACAGACAGUAUAGCCUAAUUCAAAAAGUAUUUUGGGGAAAAGUCGUGUGAAAUGCAAGACAACCAAGUAGCCCUUUCACAAGACAUGAUCCAUAUUCAUUUCAACCAACAAAUCAGAGGGUGUUAUUGCUGUGUAGAUGUUGGAUAUGAACAGAGUGUCGUCACAACAUGUAGCUCACCUCCUAUAGGUGUACUUCAAUAUUACCAGGGCCCACAUGGAGGAUUUAAGGAAUCCAUAUUGUUACACCACUGAUGUGUUAAUAACCUAUAGGCCUACAGCCACUGUGUUGAACUUUAAAGAGUAUUGCAAACUGAUACACACAUGUAAAAACCACUUUUUAGAACUCUGAAGAUUACACAUUGAUAUGAAAUGUUCUAAUUUGAUUCAAGUAAAACACUUAGUCCCACUUUACACUGUUGCUUGCCUAGCAGCAUAAAGUGCACUUGAUAACACUUACAAACACAUACGGAAAUAGACAUUAGUUGAGGAGAGUAUACAGAAGGCUGAGGUUUGAGAGGCACUACAUAGGAGCCCCCCUUACGUGUUCAUUUACCCUUUAUUAUUUACUGUAGGCCUACCUUGAGCAAAGAUUGAAUACUUUUAGCAGGAAGUCGUUUUUUAACAGUGUAAUAUUGUAAGUCAGUAUUACUAAAUGGUGUUCAAUCAUAAUAUACUGUAAGUCAUAUGUGAUUUGACUCAAUUUAAAGACGUUUGUGUGUUCCCCCUCUGUCUCUCACCCCACCUCAUCCCAACAUGUAAGAGAAGUGAUUAUGCGGCUUCUGUAUUGCAUGGGCAGGUAGUACUGAGGCUAAACAAUGAAGCUGUAACCAAAAACAAAAAGACAAAGGACGGAGUUAAACCUUCACGUAAACCCUUUGAAGCUGGACCAAAGCUCUAUAGUUAUAUGCACAUUGUACAGAGAAAUGGGUUAAUGUCGCCGACAAUCUUGAAAUACAAAGAGAAUCGAUGAGUAGAUAAGUAGUAGUUCUUUUAAAUUUGACGUCACCACUGCCCACCGUACAUUGUGAGCAAUGCCAUGCAAAAACCAUCAGAGAAAAAAAGACCGAAAAAUGACUCCUGUAUUAUGUUUGAAAGUAGUGUUCACUUCUCAUGGGG